UGUCUAAAUAAUGGCAAGAAGAUGAAUAAAUGGCUCGGUUCAGACUGCGAGAUACACCAUUGCAAGAGAGCAACAGAGGGUUGUGAUUGUAAACCUCCGUUCAGGCUAUUUCCGUUCCCGACCGAAAAGAAAAACUUAGAAGCCUGUAAGCGCUGGACAAAGCUUAUUAAAAGAGUCGAGCCUUCAGGCAAACCUUGGUUCCCUACUAAAUCGUCAAGAGUAUGCAGUGACCAUUUCAUAUCAGGGCAGMCAACAACUAACGAUCCUGACCCAGUUCUUAACUUGGGCUAUGAUCGUCGCCAACAUCGUAAGCGAAAAGAACCCACUGAUAGAUCUGGACUGCCAGCCAUAAAGACUUCUAAAAAAGCCAAAUCAGAAUCACCCGUUCUUGAGAUUGAGAACCACGGGAAUAUCAAUGGUGAUAUUGCAAUUGAAAACGAAGAGAAUGACAAUGAUGAAAAUAAACAAACUCAUCAAACGUGCGACGAAAAUAAACAAAACAUUCUACACGAUCAUGGCUAYAGCUAUGGAUGGUCGGAGAUAUACGAUUCUAAUUAUUGCUCUGACCUUAACUGUUUAGCAAGGWGGAAAGAUAAARACGAAGAAAUAAAACGUCUUCAAGCCACAAUCGAUGAGCUGAACAAAGACCUAGAUGAUUGCCGAACAAAGSUAAACAAUUGUGAAACAAAGCUGGCUAUUUGUCAAUCAAAGCUACACGCGAAGACACAAAAAGGUYUGAGAUACACCGAUAUUGAAACUGACAAAUGUCUCAAACUCUUAACUGGCAUACCAUCARUAGAAGCCUUUGAAAWAUUAUAUGAUGUUCUUCAAAAUAUGACGAAGAAAGUCAAGUAUUGGAGUGGCCCGAGAAGGUCUGUCAAAAAAGGGAGAAAUUUUAGAAGAACGCCAAAAAAGUUUGGUAUAAAAAGAAUCCUUUCACCAAAGGAUGAGCUUCUAUUAACAUUGAUGAAACUGCGUUUGGGAUCAACAAAUGCAGACUUGGGGCAGCGAUUUGGCAUAUCAUCCCAACUUGUGUCAAAUACAUUCACUACAUGGYUGAAACUCUUAGCUACCGAGCUACAAUGUCUGAUUUACAACCCUCCCAUUGAAGUUGCACAGCGGUUGCUGCCUUCUAAAUUUAGAAAUGCUGGGUGUUCUAAAGUGCGCCACAUAAUCGACUGCACUGAAAUAUUCAUAGAAACCCCCAGUGAUCCAACCUUGAAGGCAUCAACCUGGUCUGAUUAUAAGCACCACAACACUGCAAAGCUACUAGUUUCAAUCACUCCCAAUGGUACCUUCAAUUUCAUUUCAUCUGCAUGGGGAGGAAGAACAUCUUAUGUCCACUUAACAAGAGAAUGCAAAUUCUAUGACAUAAUAGAGCCAUAUGACGAGGUAAUGGCAGAUCGAGGGUUUACAAUCGCAGAAGACCUGAUACUAAGAAAUGCAAGACUUCAUAUUCCACCAGGCACGUGAGGCCAAGAGCAAUUCACAAAAGCAGAAGAACAAAAAACCAAGAAAAUCGCUAACUUGCGCAUCUUUGUAGAACAAGCAAYAAGAAGAAUGAAAACAUUUCGCCUGAUAAAACAUGAACUCCCCAUAUCUCUUUUAAGUCACAUUGAUGAUAUUGUUAUUGUAUGUGCUGGCCUCUGUAAUUUGUACYAGCCUUUGUGCAAAUCUUGA